GUGGCUUCCUUUUAGCCAUGAAGAACACAAUGUUAAUUCAAAAGUCCACCACUAAUCUUCAAGUUGAUGAUGCACCUGCUCAUCACCUACUCAUCAUUUCCAACAAAGCUAUUCUUAACUUUUAAGUAAUUGAGUUUAGUAAUCAACAAGCGGAACAAUACUUUUUGGUGUCUAACUCUCCACCAGAAAACCAAUUGAAGAUCGCCAUGGCUACCUUGGCGGCCGACCUUGCCAUGGAUUCAACUAUUGAACCGACGGAUUCCAUCUCUUUUGUGGGAUCGCUUUAUCCAGGAACUGAUGAAGCGUUUCGGGGAUAACAUAGCACUAGACGAGUAUGAAGCCUUUGCGGCCGUCCGCCACGACAGUUCUCUCACCGAUUAUGUCGCUACUUUUGAGGCCGGCCUCUUUCAGACACCUGACCUCUCCAACCACCAGUAUCUUGGGUUUUUUCUAGCAGCGCCGCGUCCGGAUAUCCGUAUGCAUAUGAAGGCAGCAAAUAUCACGAAUUACUCUGAUGCAGUUCAGUUGGCACUCCGCAUUGAUCAUGUGGCUACAGGAUCGUUGCGCCCUUCCGUCCGUCGUUUUCUGAAUGUGUCUUCAGAGGAAUACCGAUGGCACAUCGUGGUUAAGAUCAACCGUCCCCUUCCCUCUAUCAUCACUACUAUUCCCCAACUAACCAAUUCCCCAAAUUUGGAAAUUGGUUGAGGUCUAGCAGCCAUGCCACUUGCUCAUCUUCUUCAUUUCCUACUGCUUCAUCUCCUUCAUUAUGUAUUGCUCCAUCUUCUUCUUGAUUUCUUACUGCUUCUUUAUUGUGUACUGCUCCAUCUUCUUCUUGAUUUCUGAUACGGUCCUACAACGGCCUGACCUUGAGCAUGCAGGAGACGAGCCGUCGGAGUUAGAUACGGGAGAAGAGCAGCAGCCGCAAGAAGAGCAGCAGCCGCAACGGUCCAUUGCAGUAUCGAAGCCGACAAGGAAUAGGCGCCCGCCUAAGAGGCUUGGCGAGUUCGUUUCCAAAUAAGAGUCUGAGAGUUUCAUGUUUUAUCUUUUUGUUAUUUUUAUUUCUAGAAUAUUGUUUUUUAUUAUUUAUUUUAUGAAAGAGUCGAGCGUAUUA